GUCGCAUUAUUACGUCACAAUUUACCAAAGAAUCCCCCCACAGGGGGAGUGUUUAAUCGAACACCACACAUCACCCUCACUCUAGGGUUUCUUUCAAUACACAUACAUCCACAUGGGAGAGCCAUAACGCUUCUCUCUCUCUCUCUCUCUCUAAAACCACGAGCGUCCCGAUGCGUUGUCGUUGAACAACCCGAGAGAGAUUGCGAACCCCGCGUGUUCGUAGAUCCAAUCGAAAUCUCGGAUCUAUCGAUCUGGAUUCAAUUUGAUUUGAACGCACUUCAUCGAGGUCGUUGUUGUUCGGAUCAUGUUUUUGUUCGAUUGGUUCUAUGGAAUCCUCGCGUCGCUCGGCCUCUGGCAGAAGGAGGCCAAGAUCCUCUUCCUGGGCCUCGAUAAUGCCGGCAAAACGACGUUGCUUCACAUGUUGAAAGAUGAGAGAUUGGUUCAGCACCAGCCGACGCAGUAUCCUACAUCAGAGGAGCUGAGUAUUGGGAAAAUCAAGUUUAAGGCUUUUGAUUUGGGUGGUCAUCAGAUUGCGCGCAGGGUUUGGAAAGAUUACUAUGCCAAGGUGGAUGCUGUCGUGUACUUGGUGGAUGCUUAUGACAAGGAGAGAUUUGCAGAGUCCAAAAAGGAGCUAGAUGCUCUCCUUUCUGAUGAGUCCUUGGCUACUGUUCCUUUUCUAAUUUUGGGCAACAAGAUUGAUAUCCCCUACGCCGCUUCAGAAGAUGAAUUGCGUUACCACAUGGGUCUGACAGGCGUCACCACUGGAAAGGGGAAGGUAAAUUUGGCGGACUCAGGUGUCCGUCCACUUGAGGUAUUCAUGUGCAGCAUUGUCCGCAAAAUGGGAUACGGAGAUGGGUUCAAAUGGGUUUCUCAGUACAUCAAGUAGUAAGAAGCAGGACGAUAUUUGAAUACGUGUUUUACAUGUUUUAUGAUGUGCUGGAGUUGAGUUGGACCUGUUGUCUGUUUGAAAUCAGUGUUGGAUAGAUAUAUUUCAUUGUUGCUGUUUUUUUGGUGAAAUGACAAACUUGAUGUCCCCGUACUGUGUGGUGUUGGUGCCAAAUGGUUUAUGAUUUGUGACCAGAAAUUGAUUAAAGAGGAAGAUCAUUGCAGGGGAAUUAAAAUGAUUGAUGAA